UUUUUUUUUUGUUCUUGUCCGACAAGGGAGGUGCGACAGGUGGGGUUGGUGGCCCCGAUUGUCUAGUUCUUUUUCUGCUUCUUGUAUAGACAGCCUGUGCAAAGCUGCCCACGCCUACUCGAGAGAAUCACCUUCCUCCCUCUUUCCCCCUAAUCUUCCUCCUCGAGCUACCGCUUCUCCGAUUUGUGCCGUUAUGUUCCUUGUAGGUUAUAAAAAGCCGCGCUGGUCGUCUCGCUAUCCUUUUUUUCGGGAACCCGGUGGUCUUCUUUGGAGAGUGCUCUCGAUCGCCAAGCAGCAGAGGUGUUCGGUGCUGGAUAUUGGCUGAGUAUCGUCGCCGUGCAAGUCUCGCGCUUCGCUUCACCGCCGUUUAGCGACUUUGAAUUGGAGGAGGAGCGACCGGGACUUCAGUAACGAAGAUGCUCGCCGUUACGUCUCUUCUAAUCGUUGGGCUGACCAGCUGUGCCUUGGCAGGCCCAACCACAAAGACACCAGCCGGCUGCACCAACGAGAGCUUCGAGAAGUGCGGCACCGACCUGAUCCUCUUCGCAGGAGGGCCGGUCAUUCCCACCAACAAAGAUCAGCUGGUCACGUCCUGCCCGAAGGAGAAAGCGUCGGAGAAGUGUGCCCGGGCGUAUUCGACCAAGUGCCUCGCUCGGUUCCCUCGGGGCAUGGUCAUGCUUCUGCUCGACGGUAUCCGCAACGAGGUCAACGCCAAGUGCAACACCACCAGCCCGAGCGGGAAGGAAUACCUGAAGCAUGCGGCGUGCCUUAAUACCAACGGCGCCCGCCUGCACCAGUGCAUGAGAGACCUUACUCUGGUGCUGGAUCAGAGCGUCGACGCACCACAGAAGAGCCGCCUGGCACUAUCCUGCUGCUCAUUCAACACGUACAGGACCUGCAUGACGGACUCUGUGAAAGGAGUGUGCGAGAGUUCAACCUCGGCGUACGUGGACAAGCUAAUCACCGGAUACGCUGGCGACUUGCUUGACACGGUGUGCGCCAACUACAAGACUGGAUCGGAUGCCUGCAAGACUCUGCCGUCCUUGCCGAAAUCAACCAAGACAGGAAGGUCUUCGUCACUGCUGUCCCCACUGGCGCGAAUUGUCACCAGCUUGAACGGAUGAACCGGUCAUUAUGGCGUGUCGAGGCGCGACGUUCUGAACUGAUAUGCUUCUGUAGCCAGAGGUGACGCCAUGACAGAUCACAAUUCGUUAAAGUAUGGUAUAGAGCUUACGAAAAUGUUGAUAGUAUUGUUCUUCUUUUAUAUUUGGGUGUGUGUGUGCAUAAAGUGAGAGAAAGAAACAUGUCAGGCACGUGACUCAAAGCGCGGUUACUGAAGACAACUAAGACUGCAAGAAGGAAGACAGCGUUCCAUCAACAUAAUACUUUUCUUAUUUUUUCGGCCGCACCAUUAGUUGGAAACAAUGUGAAACUUUGUUGCCGAAGUCAAUCAUAUAUGCAAAGUCUGCUAUCAUAUAUGCAAGGCCUAUAUACAAACACGACAGCAGUAAAAGAAGUAUGAGCUUUUGCACUACCUUUGCUGCAGCAAGAUGGCGAUAGGCGGGCGAGUUCAAACAAGUUCGCUCAAAGUGAAUGUAUGCUACACUUUGAAGGUUUUUGUCUAAAUAUGCUGCGUUCGUAUGACGCUGACUGUUAUGAAAUAAAGACGAAAACAAUAGCUAUUUCUUUGCAACAACAACAACAACAACAAAAAUACCAUAGAAAUAGCUCGGGAAAAUUUGUCAAAAUUUGUCAAUCAACUUCGUGACAUGUGGGAGAAACAUCUUGUGGCAGACUGUAGAUGAACAGGUGAAAAUGUUCAUGGCUUGCCAAACCGAAUUAUGGGAAAGACAGCAAACAAAAGUGAAUUUUGGGAAUAUACUCUGAAAAAUUCUGAUUAACCACAACAAAUUAUAAUUUCACAGGUGAGUUUACUAAGCUUUGCUAUCGUAUCGCCUAUUCCAUGAGUUCAUACACAUUUGUUUCGAAAAUCUCGCACAUGGAGGACUUCCAGCUAUUCAGUUGAAUUACUUAGAGAGCUUGACAUUAUUUGCACCACAGGACACCGUGCGGUAUAAAAUGCCAACAAGGUAUAAGAUCUGGCUUCGAAGGCAAAGGCUUCCACCACAAUUCUGGAAUUCACUCCGGUCACCAUUCAGGACCUUUUUACUUUGCGUGUGCACUGAAAUGAACUAGUUUCGGAAUAUCCAUGCCAACUACAUGCGUCGAUUGAAGUGGCGUUCCCGGUGUUCAAUUAUUACCAAACUUUUUGUGCGCUUUGUCGGACAAAAGCACUGGUAACGCCAGCUUAUAUCGUGGAAGAUUUUGAGGGAAGGUGUAGGACAGGUGCUAGAGCAAUUCAUUCCAAUUGGCAAGUCUUGAAAACUGUCGCUCUUCAAUUCUAAUAUGGCAAGUGUGCUGUAAGACAAAUUUAUAGUAAAGUUGAUUAGUGAUAGUUCGUCGAUGAAAUAACUUCACUUUCGAGAUUUUUCGCGCAAGUAAUUUCUUACUUUGACGCGGAGAGUGUGAGGAAAUCUCGCCUGGCUAGGGAAAUUACCGGAAAAAUGAAGAAAGCGGGCGCAGACUAAGGUGGGGAAAUUGUUAAAGAUUGGGCGUUUCAGAAUCAAGGCUCUCGUGAUUGGUCGCAAAGAACGGGGGCCGUGUGUUGGCCGAAACAUCAAGUUUUCAGUAAUUUCUUCAUCUUAGUCUGCGCCGGUUUCCUCUUCUACAAUUUCCUAAUUUUGGAGUAGGGUAACUUAAUCGGCGGAAUUAAGCCAGCUGCGAAAAGUACUUUCCGAAAUAGACUAUACAGUCUAUGAACACAAAUCGUGUACGUAAAUUUGACUGCACAUGGUACCACGACCACUAAAUUGGCCGCAGGCAAACGAGCUAAAGGGGAUAGAUAAGGAGAGAGCUUUAGGAUAUAUGGGAGCCUAUAGCUACAUGUACUCAAAGAAACACAACGCAAACCCCUCAUGGGGUAUGCGGUUGCGUCUGACCAAUGCGGGAAACUUGAGAGCUGUCGUGCCCAAGGAACGCCCACUGCGUCAGCAUGUUUAAAAGCUGCGAAACGGAAAAAGGGCGAAGACGAAAAGGCGUACACCCCUAAAACGACGUAGUUCUCGUCUUGUCCUCUUGCAGGGUAGCAAACCGGACGUUCGUCUGGUUAACUUGCCUUGCAUUUCCUUGUGUGUACCUCUCUUUCGUCUGAUCCUUCGUCUGUUCGCGCUGUUAAACGUUUCUUUGGCCUGAUUCGAUUGAUUUAUUCGUUAACACGUCCCUUUUAGUAUAUAAAACAGAUUACAAAUGGAGAAAUGAGCAUAAAGCUAAAUAAAUUCGGUAAGGGUUGCAUCACUUUAUUUCAGCCCAUUUAUUAUUUUUUUGUGUUCGUAAGCUCUGAAGCGGGUUAAAGUAACGCGAAUUGCACAGUUCAACGAUUUGAGUGCCACGUCUAAUAACAUUACAGGUGGCAAACAGAUGACUGAAAGCCUUGUUUUCGAAACUUCUAUCAUACCAGUAAGCACCCUGUAUUUCCUGGUGCAGAUCCAAACUGUUUAGCAUACAGUGAGGGAGGCAAAUUACUUCGGCUGGAAUAUUAAAGGUGGAAGAAAGGGGAGAACCGCAUACACGCAAAAGUAACACGACUGAAGAAGAGAAACACACAAAUUUUACAGAACGAAAGCUUUACGUUUGGAGGAAAAUAUCACCCCGGCUUGAGGAUGAAACCCGCAACUAUGGCGCCUUUCUGGGACGGUCGCUGUGCCGUUGGCGCUAACAGGAAGCUAGCAGACAGUAGAAUGGGAGGGAAACAAUCGACAAACUGAAGAACGGUAACUCGAAUAAACAAGCAACUUAUUUCUACAGAACCUGGGCGGAGGGGGGGUGGGGAGAGGUUUAGUUUGUACCUUCAUCUCACCUUCGGGCAGGUGGCGAUUUGCCCUGUCAUGAAACUUCCACCGCCUUGCGGGUUUUAGCAGAACUUAUUUGCUUACUCAAUGUUCCCAUAUUUCAGUUUAUCGAUUAUUUCGCUGUCACCAUACUAUCUGUCAACCUCGUUAGUGCGAUUGGCAGGCAGACCUUUCCGGUGACGUGGCGGUACACAAGCUGAUCGCGGAACGAGGACAAAUUUUUCUUUGACAUCUUAGAUUCAUUAGCUUCAAACUUGUAGGCCUAUUUUGCAGCUUCUUAGAUCUUUAGGGCGAAUGCCAAUUUCUCUCAUUUACGUGCCCUAAGUAUUUAGGCCCCAUAUCCUGAAGCUCUCUUACUUUCAGAACUUAAGGAUAGAGUUGCGAUACCAAAUCUAUUUGCGCACUUGGUAUAACAUAAAUUAGCUUCAGAACAUUGCUGCGCGCAGCAUUCUUGUUUUCAAUUUAUCGUAUAUAUAUUCGGCCACAGUGAGAUCACCGCUGUUUACACACAUCAGUCAUGCCUUGUUUGCAUUUUGUUUACAAAGAGGCUUACUUAGCCAAAACUUGACUCAUUUGUCGUUUAAAAAGAGCACUGGGGCCAAAUUUAGCAACAAUUUUUUUCCAUCUACUUUUUUCCUUCACAAUCCUCCAUCCGACCCAGUGGCCGAGACCGAUGACAAUGGAGGCGUGGCUGCAUGAAAACCUACGACAAAGGGCAAAAAGGAAAGGAAAAUGAAAUUAAUCUGCUAAGAAUAUUACCCCCUGGUGCUAUUUUUACGCAUUUUAAUAGAGUAAUCAUGUGACCUCCCGGCCUGAAGUUUUCAUUUGCUGCGUUUUGCUUCAUCGCAGCUGUACUGCGUAGCAAGUGCAGCAUAUCUGCGUUACCGGGAAACCGCUCAACUGUAAAGCACUUUUGUGGACAGUGUAGCAGAAGUAACCAAUAUUUGCUGUUAUAUUGCCCAGGUUGUCACAUGUCAAUGCUAUUUUUCCAAUACCAAAUUGCUCUAGGAAACUUCUUCCCAUUGUCCGUGGCAGCGUCAGUUUUCUUACGAAUAAGUGCAUUAUCCAUCAUCAUCACGGAAGCACCGAAUAUCAGCAGUAAUACGCAUAACGCGCUUGGCGUGCUCACGAUACACGAAGGUCGGAAGCGUCAGCAUACAGUGCGGUUUCGAUUGAUGACUGCGAGCUUCAAUUUCAAUACUCUGGGAUAUAUUACACUUACGUAUAUGUAUUAUUUGGAAAUAAAGGUGCCUGUGCGGAACCCA